AUGCUGAGGACACAGCCCACACAGUUCUUCCUGAAGUGCGCUCUUAGGUUCACACCCGCUUCAUUCAUCCCCGCUCAUUCGCAGCAUCUGCACCGCCUUAGGCAGCUGGGCUCACGGGCACUGGCACAGAGAGGUGAGCGGGAGCUGAGGUUUCCCCCCACCUCUGAGGGCGUCACGAGCCAGCCAGCUGCACCGGCCAGCCUUGAUUUCCCUCCCUGGACAUGGGAGAGCGUUACCCUUCCUUCUCCGUCUCACGUUGCCAGCGUGAGGAAGAGUGACAACGUCACUAAAAGAGGCUGUGCCGCCUCACACAAGGCAGCCGGGCAGAAGACUUCCGUGGGGAGAGCACUGCAGCUUGGUUUCUGGCCCCACAGGACCUGGGUAUUGGUGAGUGCUGACCUUGGUCAUGGUCCAUCCGUCCGCACACUCACCCGCCGCGCACCGCCCUUCCGCCCCCUCAGCUCCUUCCUGGCCCUCCGCCCGCCCACCUGGCACUGGCCUUGCCCGCUGGGCCUCGAAGAGGAGCGGAGAGAGGCUGUGCGCUCAGCGCUCAGACUGCACGGUCGGCCCUGCUGGGUGCUUCUCCCAGACCCACUCUGGAUCCCCUCUCCACCGCCCCUGGCUUCCUGUUUCUCCACCACGUCCUCUGGCGUGCGGAGGACGUGAGAGAAGGAGGGCACGCUGGUGGCCGGCAGAUCUCCUCCCAAACGAGUAUGAGUGGCUCAAAAGAAAGCUCUGUGUGUAGCAUUUUGAGCAGUGUCCUUUACUUUCCCAGAAGAACUCUUAUUGAAUGUCUCUCUACAACACGGCAGCCCUCCUGCCAGGGUGCCCAGCAGCCCGCAGCUGAGUGAGCCUGGCUCCCUUCCCGGUGUCCUCCCUCGCCUCUCCACCCCGGGUGGGAGCAGGUGGAUCAGAGGCCGAACCACUUGUUAAUUCCAGCUCUGGCUGGAAGCUGACCAGGUGGGAGAGGGUAGCGGAGUGGAGGAAGGCCCAUGGCUUCUGGAGCUUAAUUAAACAUUUUUACAAAGUCCAGCCCGGGUUAACCAGCAGUGUACAAUGAGACAGAAGCAGUACUGCGUUAGAAGAUUAAUAAACCAAUUAAGGAACGACUGCAGCGGCCUGGUGGCCCCACUGGAGCAGGAGGCGAGUUUGACAGCUGCUCUUUCCUGAUGAUUGCCACGAAUUUCAGAAGUGAAGACAGCCCGGGCUUUCCCGUUCCAUAAGAGAAUACCCCAGGCUGCUGUCCUGUCUAAUCACUCACACAGCUAGUCAAAUUGUUCUCCAAGCCUGGGGGGCAGAUGUCAUGUUUAGCCAACUGGGAAGAAAAGAAAACAAAAACUAUUUCUCCUCCUCUGAUCCAAAACAAAAACAAAACAAAGCAGCACACCCUGUGAGUCUGCCUACCUCUCCCUUCCCAGGGCUGCAGGGUGGGGUGGCAGCGGGUGGGGGACUUCCUGAGCUCUGGGCUGGCCCUCCAGGGUCAAAUCAGCGCCUGGAGUUCCCCGCGCUUUCCCUCUGGCCUGGGUGACUCUCUCUGCCCGCGGCCUGGGGCACAGCUCACAGACAGGGCCUGUGCCCAGUCUGGCGAAGCCCACCCAGUGAGGCAGAGAAGCAGCUGCCCUGUGUGUAGGGCGCGGUGCUCUGGGCCCUCGCUCUUCUCCCGGCAGUCUUGUCUGCUGCAGGAACUGCUCAGAACCGAGACGGAGGGGUGGGAAUCAGGCGUCCACUUCCAGGCCUCUGCUCAGCGAUGGCCCACACUGCCGGUUAGGUCUCCCGGCCCUGCUGGGACCUAGGGCGGGGCCCUGUGCGGCCUCAGCCACCGGGCCCGGUGCCCACAGUUGUGAGGCUGCUCCAGCCGGGGCCUGGGCAAUACAGAUGGGCCCAGCAGCCUCUGGAAAGUUCUGGGGAGCUCAGCUUCCUCGAGGGUUGGUUGAAAUGUAACAAAGCUGAUUCUGCUCACUCCCUGUGUCUGGUGUGUACUAAACGCUCAGUAUCAUCAUCAUAAUCUGAAUACAUUAGAAUAUAUAUUUAUAUAAAGCCUCCUGCGCAUGAAACAUCCCAUACGAGACAGGUGCUCGCGAAGCAAAGGCCUCCGCCCCUUCCUUCCCGGGGGAGUAAAGCUUCGGCUGCUGAGUUUCCUCGGAUGCCCACUGUGGUCGGGAAACUCACACAAGCGGUGCACACUCCAGUCUGCAGCGUUUCUCCAGGAGAAAGCAGAGCUCCUGAGGGCAAGACGGGGAGACUGAGGAGAGGAGCAGAGCCCACGGGAAUCGGGGCACAGCACUGGCUACCAGGCAGCCCCUCUGAGCACCACAGAUCCACGCUGCACCCCGAAUUCUCCAAGUUAACAUUCACGAUUUUCUCCACAAGCAGAAAUCACUCCAAAGGUUACAAUUCAGGGUCUUAUAAAUACCAACCCUGAAAUGAAGCCUUUGUCCCUUAUCAAAGUCCCUGGUGGAGUCUGACCACUGCGACACCACGGCUGUCUGCAGAUGUUUCAGAACCAUGCCAACCAGUUUCUCUACCGUCGGGAGAAUAAAUGCAAUGAAUUUUAUCAAUGCUAAAUUAAACAAUAGUAAAAAUGUAUCGGGACUAAAUCUUAAUGAGAUUAGCGUGAUGCUAAAUAUUUCUUUGCGCUGGAACAAGAGUGUAGCAACAAUGGUAUUCUGUAGUGAAAUUUAUUUUGCUUUAUAGAUGUGCAUUCUGGCAAACCUUACAUGAGCGAGCUGAUGGGGAUGGAGCGGGUUUUAUCAGGGGAACUUUGUAAGUUGUUGGAGCUCUGAGCUCAGGUGCCGCCCAGCACACAGUGACACAGCAGCCCAUCCUUGAAAAUCAUUUUCCUCCUUCAGUUUUGUUGAAAUGGAAAAUUCUUCCUGAGGGAUUUGUCACCCAUAAUCAGAACCAAUCCCUUUCUUAAUUUCUGGGGUACCAAAAACUGUCCCAAAAUUUUUUCAGUGACUCUUAAUUCUCUCUCUCUGUUUCUGUCUCUCUUGGUCUCUGUCUCUCACUUAGAGGCAACAUGCUUGUUUCAAUCUAUUAAGAAAAGGGAGGGAAAUUAAAAUGUGAGUUUCAAUAUACUCUUCCCCUAUGCAAGUUUUAAAAAAUAAAAUGCCUUG